AUGGCUCUCAUCAGGGAGAAGAGACUUCCGCAACUGCAGCUCUCGCUGCCAGUCCCGCCCCGCGCCGCUGGCCAGCGUCCCAACCCAAUGUUCGCGCCGGCGCCGCCGGCGCCGACGCCUAAGAAGGCAUCGACACCAACGGCACUGUCCAGCCAGUUCCGCCUCUCCGAUUUCGAUAAGCUCGCCGUGCUGGGACGAGGGAGCGGCGGCACCGUGUACAAGGUUCGGCAUCGCGAGACCUGCGCGCUCUACGCGCUCAAGGUCCAGCACUACGGAGACCCGACCGCGGCCGCCGAGGCGGAGAUCCUCAGCCGCACUGCCUCGCCGCUCGUCGUCCGGUGCCACUCUGUUCUCCCGGCUGCCGGCUCUGGCGACGUGGCGAUGCUCCUCGAGCUAGUGGACGGUGGAUCGCUCGACUCCAUCAAGAGCCGCCAGGGCGCGUUUCCGGAGGCCGCGCUCGCGGAGGUAGCAGCUCAGGCUCUGUCGGGCUUGGCAUAUCUCCACGCUCGCCGCAUCGUGCACCUCGACAUCAAGCCGGCGAACGUCCUUGCAAGCAUGGCAGGAGAAGUUAAGAUCGCCGACUUCGGCAUCGCCAAGGUGCUCUCUCGCGCCGGCGACCAGUCCACGUCGUAUGUGGGCACCACCGCGUACAUGAGUCCCGAGCGCUUCGACCCUGAGGCGCACGGCGGGCAGUACGACCCGUACGCCGCCGACGUCUGGAGCCUGGGGGUCACCAUCCUUGAGCUCUUCAUGGGCCGGUACCCGCUCCUCCCUGCUGGGCAGAAGCCGAACCUUGUACACGGUGCCGCCGUUCCCGCGGCCAAGCACGGCCAGCUUGUCGAAGUCGGCGAGGCGGAACUGGCUGGACAAGGCCGUUGGGGUCGAAGCUUUUAUCAGCGUUGGUGCCGGCGCCGGCGUGAACGCUGGCUUGGGACGCUGGUUUGGGGUGGACGACGGGACGGGCAGCGAGAGGUGCAGCUGUGGAAGCCUCUUCUGCCUUAUGAGAGCCAUACUUAG